AUGAAACAGAGUCUAGACCUAGUGUUUUCAGGAUUGGAUUUACAUAGAGAGAAAAGGUGGGUUCAGAGAUGGAAAGGGAAAUCGAGCAGCGUUUGCAGGCAAUGCCUAGACCAUUCAGACAUAUUAGCUUUAAACUGGGAGUUAUGCCCCAGGAUUUGAAUUUUUUCUUUAGCUGAAAGUUGACCAGAAAUAAUUUUUUUGGGAUUUUUUGCGGAUAACCUUCGCUCAACCCAAGCAUUAUGCUGCAGAAUUCACAGCCUUCCACUCAAUACUGGAGCCGACAAGCCAAGGAGGACAAAAACCUAA